AAGUAUGCUCUUUUUAUUACAGGUUUAUCUUUGCGCUUGGGAAAAGAAAGUACACAUUUAAUGGCUCAAAAACCUUAUUAUCCAAGUAACUGGAGAGGUUGGAGAUGGAGCCCUAACUGAAUCCUGUGAAGAGCUGCCAAAAAAAGCCUUCGGAAGCAAGUGCACAUUCUGGAUUGAGGAAACAGCCGAGGAAAGACUCCUGUUUUGCUUGACGGAUCUGUGCAGAAUAUUUGAGCCCCGCUCCCCCCAACUUCUACCUCAUUUUAUGCAUUUUGGUCAGUCAUGGCUGGGGAACUGUGUCUACUGCUCCUGUUACUGUUUUGUGGAAGAACGAUUUCCGAAGUGCAGCCUUUAUACCAACCGCCUUCUGAAACUCUGGAUUUUGGGUUUGUUCCUGCAAAGACUUACGACACCGCAGCGUACCACGAACCUGGAGCAAUAGGGAUUUUGUUUCGAUUGGUCCACACUUUCCUCUAUUUAGUGCAACCAAAUUAUUUUCCUCAAGAUCUUAUCAAAAAACUAGCACAGCAGUCGUUUGGCAAAAACCCUGGUGAUUAUCAAAAGCCAGAAAAUGUUGUCCUCACCCUUCAGGCAGUUUACUAUGAGAUCGGUUUUAUAGUCUCUGCUGCUCUGGGAGUGCUGUUUGUUCUGUUGCUGCCUCUGGUGGGGCUUUGCUUCUGCAUGUGCCGUUGCUGUGAGAACUGUGGUGGGGAGAUGCACCAAAGACAGAAGAAAAAUGCAGACUGUCAGAGGGGCUGCUUUGCUACAGUACUUUUCGUUGCCGCUUUAAUCAUCAGUAUUGGUGUGCUUUUUGCUUAUGCUGCUAACCAGCACCUCACAAGUCAAGUCAGAGGAGCAAGGAAGCUGGUGAACAGUAAUUUCAAAGACCUGAGGAUUUUCCUGAAUGAGACACCUGGGCAAAUUGACUAUUUGGUGAGUCAGUAUGACACUACCAAGAAGAAAGCACUUUCUGACCUUAAUAAUGUUGGGCCGUUGCUUGGCAGAAGAGUCCAAGAGCAGCUGGCAAAGGAGGUGCGCCCGGCGCUCGAUGGAGCCCUAACCAUGGCAGGAGCUAUUCGAGAAACAAAGGAGGCUCUGGAGAACGUGAGCGUGUCUGUGGAGGUCUUGCAGGAGGGCACUGAGAGGCUGCAUGCCAACCUGACAGAUGUUAAAGAGCACCUGAUCAACACACUCGGGGAUUCGGCUUGCACAGCUGCCCAGGCAGCAUCCACUUGCAACGUCAUCAGGAAUUCCUUAGAUCAGCUAAACAUCAAUGCCAACUUCAGCAAGUUGCCGGGAGUGAAUGCUCAACUUGCCAAAGUCAAUGAAGUCCUUAAAACAGACCUCUCUAGUCUGGUUCAAAAGGGUUAUGCAGCAUUUAAUGACACACCUGAUUUGGUGCUCAAUCAGACAAGGAACAUUUUAUCAGCCGUACCUUAUAUUAAAAAUGUACUGGAAGCAGUUGGUUCAAAUAUCACAAGCUUUACUAAAAUGCUUCCCAUCCACAAGAUAAUAGCAGACUUCACCCUAUAUCUUACUCAGGGUGAGACAUAUGCUCAAGAAUAUUUUCCAGUGGUGGAGCAGUAUGAUUUCUACAGGUGGCUGGGUUGCUUAAUUCUCUGCUGCAUGGUGAUAUUGAUCCUUGUGUUUUAUUACCUGGGGUUGUUGUGUGGUACCUGUGGUUAUGACAAAGACGCCACUCCAACAACGAGAGGCUGUAUCUCAAACACUGGAGGAAACUUCCUGAUGGCCGGAGUUGGAUUCAGUUUUCUUUUCUCCUGGGUUCUGAUGCUAAUAGUAGUGGUCACUUUCAUUACGGGAGGAAAUAUGGAGAAGCUUGUUUGUGAACCAUUUGAAGACAGGAGUUUAUUCAAAGUUUUGGAUACACCAUAUUUGCUAAAUCAGCAGCUGAAAUACUAUCUUUCUGGAAUCAUUUUAAAAAAUCCAAACAUUGACUUGACAUUUGAAAAAGUUUACAGUGACUGCAAGGAAAACAAAGGCCUUUAUACUACCCUGCGCCUGGAAAACCUUUUCAACAUCCAUGAACUUCUGAAUGUUAGCAUGUAUGCAGAAGAUGUAUCGCUGAAAAUCAAGCAUAUUAAUAUAAAUCUAAGCAAUAUAGUCUUGCUUGAUGAGAGGGGAAAGGAGAAUUUGAUGAAUUUCAGUUCCUCGGGAAUAAAUGAGAUAAACUUUGCGGCAUAUCUGUCAGAGAUCAAUAAGAGUGUUACCAAAGUGGAUCUCUUGUCCUUUGCUAAUGAUUUGGAAGCACGAGCAGACCAAUUGCCUAAAGGAGCAUUAGAAAAUGCAUUAAAAGGACAUGCAAAUAGUAUCCGCGUGAUACAUAACCAACAAGUUGUUCCAUUGGAGCAAGCAAUGACUGUCAAGAAAUAUGUUAGAGCUAGGAGCACUUUAAACCAGAGCAUAAGGUUCCUGCAGAAAACAUCAUCAGAGCUUCCUGGGAAAGUCAGAAGUGUAAUCACUGCUGUUAAUAGUGCACAACUUCUUAUAAACAACAAUGCUUCCUUUGUUAUUGUUCAGGAAACUAAAAAGUAUAUGGAUACUAUAAUCGGUUACUUUGAGCAGUACGCUGAAUGGGUGAAGGAAUCGAUUGCUAUGGAAGUGGCACCUUGUAAGCCCAUUGCCAAUGUGGUCGAUACUGCUAUAGAUAUAUUUCUAUGCAGCUAUAUAACAGAUUCUGUGGUAAGAAUAUUUUGCAUUCUUCCAAAAAAAAAAUAAUUGUGAAGGAGGGAGGGUUAAAUCUUUUUAUUUCUCUGCUGAGACAACUUAUUCUAAGACUAGAGAACCGGUACAUUUGCAUAAAGGUAGACUUGGGUAAUAAGAAAGGUACAUGUGUAUUACACAGUAACUCCCAAAGAGUUGCAGUUCACAUGUCUUUCGGGAAUUUGGAAAUCACAUGACUGGAAAG